AUGAGAGAAGCCCUAGAAGUAGUAGAUUAUAACGAAGAAGAAGAAGAUUGUAAAUCAACUUCACCCAGAAAAAUCCGCGAAAAACAGCCAAAAUACAAUUUGAAUCAGGAAAAAUUCUUGAGCGCGUUUGUGGCGAGAGGGCCAAACAAUCAAAUUUAUUCGCUGCGAGAAACGAUUUAUGUUGCGAUUGCUUUGAAUAGGACGCUCAUUUUGCCGCCUUUCUUCAAGCAUGAUCGAGGCGAUCCGACUUCGAAUGGGUCAAAUACGGCGAUAGUUGAUUUCGAGCAACGAAUCGACAUCCAAAAACUCACCAAGCUCAUCCCCGUCGUUUUCACAUCCGAAGCCGCGGAGAAAUGCCCAGAAGGAUUCGACAAUAUUUUUGGCGUUCACAAUGUCUGCCAUUCAAAAGAAAAUCCCCGCGAAUGGCAGUGA